UUGGCUAGUGAGUGGACGGGCAGUGAGAGCUUGAUCGUUUUCGUGGGAUCUCGAUGAUUUUGGGUUCGAUGGGACGAUCGUUUGGGUACGCUCCGUCUUCGGAUUCGGGUGUGGAUCCGCUAUUCGCAUGUCGUCUGUUUGGAUAUCGAGGGUUGUCUGAUGAGGACGAAAAAGUUCGGCUAGGUUUAGCUUCAGAUCAUUGCCGGAAUAACGACCGAGACAGAAGAAUUAGUAACAACAACAAUAACAGAGGUGGGCAAGAAACAUACAUGGGCAAGUACAUACUGAAAACGAUGCUAUGCGAAGUAAGGAUGCGAUUUCUUCGGCAUUCAGUGUGAAAGAAGGAUAUGUAAUUGAAUAAUGAGGACCGUGAAUAUUUCUUGCACAUUGAAAAGUUGCAAUAAUUGCGUGACAUCAAGAAAGUGCCCAAAAGCGGUCAUAACUGUAGGCGCUCGAGUGUCAACAAGAGAUAAUCAAGGCUAAACGUUGGGUGGAUAAUAAAGUGGCAAUAAUUGUGAGCCUGAUGUUCAUAAAGUACAAUUUCGACAGUACAGAUGAGUGGGAAUAGGCGUAUUUAUUCGAAAAAAAAAUAGUCUUAAUAAGUUGUUGCAAAUAACAUCCGUGUUUAUUCCAAGAAUACCUCGAACUACCUGUUCAGUUGGAUUUAAGUGACGAUAAUGCUGAACAUAAUCUGGGUCUAGUUGCUCGCGAAUUUCAACGAAACAAUACAUGUCGCAUUGAGGACAAGGACUUAUACAACGUCUCCAAUUUAGCAAACCAUACAUUUGAUGUUACUCGUUGUUGAGAGAGUUAGGGUACUCACAUAAUAUACUGGCUGAGACUUGAUAGUUAAAAGUAUUUACUAGUUGGUGAGGUACCAUGGCCCCGACAGGCGCUGGUGCUCUGGGACCUCCGUAUCGGCUAUAUUUCAAUGAAGAUGAAACAAGGUCAAGAGGGAACGAAGAUGGCAAAAACUGCACAAACGUCAGUUCCAAGGAAUCGUUUCUUGACCUAGUAGAAAAACGCUCGAAGAUAGUGGCUCGCGCGCGAAGUCACGGUCAACCACAAAAAUACGUAUCGCUCGUGAAUGAGCAAGAUACUGGUACCGACGAAGAAGAAACUGUAUUCUACGAGAACAAUAACAUUAGCAUUCAUGCAAACGGUAACUCAAAUAUAAAUCCUCAAGGACAUGUACGACGAGAACAAGGAGAAUCCAUAACUGCGGACGUCUUCAAAAACCGCUCGACAUCAAAGCACCCUUCAAUUUUCUCUUUUCGGCGUUAUUUGAUAGCCAUUUGUUUGCUUUGUAUCGCUUUCUUAGGUCUGUAUUUUACAUUACACCAUGAUGGCUUGGAUCUUCGCACAGCAGUGGGAUUACCGGCAUACUUCAACAUUACAUAUCGCAUUGUGAUUGGAGGAUUGCAAGUAGAUACCAAUCUCGCCACGCUGCAGCUGGUCAACAAUACUCGCGCCUUGUUCUUUUCUGCUGGAAAUACCAUUGUAUGUGCAAGAAUCGAUGCCGACCACCUCGUUUGGAAGCGCACCCUGAUCCACAAGGUCGAAUACGUGCAAUGUAAUGAUGCCGUUUGCGUCUUCUACGGCAAUAGAACGAUAACUGCUUUAGAGCCGAACAAUGGGGGAUUUCUAUGGACAUCGAGGGUGAAAGCGCGUCCCUUUCUCAUGACAACCUCGUGGGGGAGUCGAAUUGUGGUGUUUCACAACGAGUACAUGAUUAUUUAUCGUCAGGAUACUGGCAGCUCGAUGACUCAUUUUCGAAUUAAGAACUGCUCGCGGAUUAACUAUAUUCAGCCGAUUGGUGUCCGCCUCGCCGUAUUCUGUCAGCACAACAUCAACCUUUCGAGCAUUUCAUUGUACAUCAUUCCGAAAUCGGUGUUGCUCCACUUCACACCACAAACGCAAGAUAAACCGAUUUCAGCUGAUUUCGUCGGAUACUUCAAGUUGCCGGUUCGAGUACACACUUACAAUGAUACGGUCCUGUACAUUUUACAUGACCGAGGCGUUGUUUCAACGCUAAGCGUGACCGAACGUCGCGUAGAGGACAUCCUUAAUAUAUCUGCCGAUGUUCGUGAGGUUCUGCCGAUCAAUUGUACGCAUACACUCGUUCAGACUCCGAGUCAGCUAUUGAUUUACAGUGAACGUGGUGCCGUUUGGCGGAAACCCAUUGUCGAUGAACAUAUCACCUAUAUACGAAGACUCAGUCACAAUUUGAUCCUGCUGAAAAAAAAUCUUAACCAACUUGCGAUUCUUGACAUCGCCCUCAUAAAAGAGUUUAAGGUUGACUUUGGAAGCUAUCAAGAGCUGCUUUUGGUCGAGGGCAAAGACCACACAUUAUUUACAGCGAGCGUGGCCCAACACAACGCCACAAUCAUUCGAACCAUUCGAUACCAUGACUAGGUAUCGGUUUGCAACUGUAUUUCAUUAAAAAGCGUGCACCUGAUAGACUGUCUGGGAACUGCGUCAAGGAAUCUAACGAUCUGGAGACCUUCUAGCAGUUCCAAAAGCUGGCCUCGACCCUUCCGAAAAUGCCAAACAUUAACGUGGUAUAUAUAUAUAUAUAUACAUAAAUGAGGAUUUUCUGGUAUUUUAUCACCUUAAUUAAUGCCAUCGUCUAUCAAACACUUUCUAACUGAACUGUUCUCUAAUGUACAACCAGAGAUGGUUUUCAAUCUGACACGUGUGCAAAUGGCGUAGGUAUAUGCUGUUUAGGAGAUUUGAGAUAACAAAAUCCUAUUUGUUUGAUUCGUUACUUGCCGUUGAGUAAUACCCCAAACUUUACUUUGUCUUUGAUAUCAAGUUGUGGUAAUGGCGAUUCAGAAUUAGUAAAUAUUAAAAAAUUACGCUUGGUUGUGCCGUAAAUAUACUCUAGGCUUAUUGUGGAGUGUGUGUAAAGUUCGGUUUCAAAAAUAUAUGCAUUUAUCUUAUAAAAAUAUAGCUAAAUUAAGUUUAUUAGGCUUAUUGACGUCAAAUAGGGUAAUUGACUCAAGAUGCUAGAGAAAUAUCUUCAGAUACCAAUUGCUGUUCCUCUGUGUUAUAUGGUUUCACGUCUUAAAUAUGACUGCGUAGCUGUGACUUCAAAUUGUAUUAUAUAAGGAAAGAGAUAAAGACCACAAGCUAAUGUCAUUUUCCGGAUGAAAGUCCAAAGAUAACAUACAGUUACAUCUAAAGAUGUUACCGGCUUAGCCAAACAACUAUCAUGGUAAGGAAUGCAAUUCCAUAGUCAACAAGUAUUAUUCUAUAUGAGUACGUGCAUCUACUAGACUACCAUUCUUCCCAAACAGAUUAAUUAGUUUAUUAGUUAGCAAGUGGAUUGAAUAGUGGAACGUCUGAAUAAUGAAUCUCCAUUUUAGAAUUAUUUAGUAAUUUGAGCUCAUAUGCACUAUGUGCAGGAUUGUGCCAUAUCCUAAAAAAACAAUACAUAUUAUCAACCAAACAUUUAAACAUGUCAUUUUAGACAUAAAAUAAAUGUGACUUUGAUCAUUAUAGGAAGCCGAGAUGUUUUACUGUUACCUUGUAGUAAACAUGAACAUUUUUAAUCUUAUAUUGAAGACCUAAUUGCUCUCGGGUUUCACUUCUCAACGUAAUUAUUGUUCUUUAGUUCAUCGUCAUUGGAUCUUUAAGGAUUUUUAGUUUAUCAUCAUAAGCUUGAACAAUUUUAGAAAUGGAUAAGCUGGAGAAUUGAUCGAUGCCGCUAGAGUCGAUUGGGUAUUGACGAUUCAUACCUUGUAACCCAUAAAGAUGAUAGCGGUAUCAUUGAAAUGACACCAUUGCUGUGAACCAUGAAAUAUUAAGGACGACUAAAAGGUACCAAGACAAAAUAAGUAGCUAUGGUAGCCUCGAAUGGUCUUAAUCUUGUUAGCUAAUGCUUAAUGGAGUUUGCAACCGUAGCAAAGACGAAUUAAGAUUUUGAUGGUAAUUUUAACAAGACUAAUUUUAGAAACAACUGAAUAUUUUAUAUACAAAAAAGGG